AUGGUCCGCGUCUCGAAGGUCACCCGAACCUCUACCCGACUAUCUCAUUCACCAGCUAAACUCGAGACUGCCGAAGACAACGCCAGACCAGUCACUCGCGCCGAAAAGCAGCGCGCCUCUACCCUAGUCGAGUUUGGCAACGCCGUGCUGAAACUUGAGGCGACGACGUCCCAGCCUUCGCUCAGAUCGAAUCAUCAUGGCUAUAACCUCCGAUCUACUCGUAAACGAACGUCCGAAGUCUCCCCGCACGACUCAACAAACUCGGUGCGCAGACCUCAAGGCUUAUCAACAGCAUCCGGCGCUCGGCCGCGCACCGAGACCGCUUCAGAUGGGACCAUCAAGAUCACCCCCGCACCCCGUGCAGCGCCUAAGCGCAAACGACCUCCAUCGCCGUCUGUGUUGGAUGAACGCCCUACCAAGGGUCGCCGCAGUAGCGAUGAGGCCCAAACGACAGAGAUCAGGGCUCGUCUCGCUUUGCGACGAGAAAUGCGCACGAUGAGCAAUGAGGCGUCCGCGGUUCGCGAUCUCGUGGCUCAUACUGAAGAGGCUGUGAUUCGGACCAUGGCCAGAGUCAGAGAUCUCCGAAAAGCGACGAGGAAGCUCUGUAAACAGGCAGCGUCAUUCCCAGUGAACACCGCCCUCGAGCCUGAUGUAAUUCGAGAUAGAUCUUCUGCUCCUGCGCGCGGGACACACCGUAUUCAGCCGCCCUCCCCAACACAACCCGCAGAUUCGAGGCACAACCCUCUCGUUAUCACACCUGAUGUAACCUGGCCGCGGUACAACGAUCCGGAGAGAUACUCUCAGGAUUACUCGGACGCCGAACUUGCGUCAAUCUACCGUACUAUGCUCGACGGCAUGCCUGCCGUCUGCAUAUGCAGACCGACGACCUUGCAGCGAAGACACUUCGAGCACACGAAAUACAAUUAUCCAAGACCUCGAUUCGGCGUAGAUCAACAAGGCGCGCCUUUCCAGGAUUGGUCCGUUGUCCCCCGGGGAAAAAAUCGUCGCCGACGACGUCUGGCAAAGGAGGACAUCGUUGCCAACGAGCUGUUCUUGGACCAAGCCGCCCCUGAUGAAAACGUCUGUGUCUUACCGGCUCCCCGUCGACCGCGACGCCCUAGGGCGUUCUCGACGGCUUUCACCCUCCAGUUCCGACAUAUUCCCACUUGCGUCUUAGACACGAUGGAGUUAUGGCACGUCCAGAAUGGUCGAUGUUUGAGUUGCAUCGCAAUGGCGAUGCGGACGUUCCCUCCUUGGAUCGUUGAAGCGCAUUCACCCGAGCGAGUAGAAGAAGGGAAUCCCAUUUAUGUGAACCAGGAUCGAGACGAGAUGAUCGAGUGGGACGAAGCCAGGAAGCGUUGGAGGCAUCUGGUGCUCGACCAUUACAGGUGGACACCGGUCCAAGAUCUGGAGGAGAGGCCUGUUGACAAUGCUGCCGAUCCCCUGAUUGUCAACGGGUCAUCCGGGCGGCCCGUGCCUCGACCCUGUCGUAUCUUCUACGGGUGUGUACUCGACACGCAUUACUAG